GUGCGUGCGUGUGUGCUAAAGUGGCAAACAUAGUGCCGUGCUCCGCCACGGGCUUCCGCAUACAAACAGGCAGACCGUUUUGUAAAAACUUUUUCGUUCAGAACGUCUUUUCCGCCUACCCCUUUGCCGUGGCGAUACACAACGAGCCGCAUAGCGUCAGGUUAAAGUUUUAAAGGCAAAUAUCUAAAUUUUUCUAAAAGAUAAUUACGUUUUUGAUAAACGGGGGUUAAUUUUGGCUUUCGACUGCACUUUUAAAGAAAGCGCUUCCAAACUGAUAGAAUGUGUAAACCUGAUAUAUAUAACAGUAUGGCAAAAAUCAUGUAUGAUUUUUGAACUAAGUGUAUAGAAAGCAAGGUGCUUCUUCAGCCUGUAUAAAGUGAAAACUUGCAACGAGGACAUAGUUGAAGCGAACGAUCAAAGUUUUCAAAUUUAAACAAAAGUACUGAAGUGAACGACGCACGAAAGCGUUCAGUGUUCUUGUUUGCUGAAUAAAGCAAAUGGAUUACGAAGAGUUUUUACUUUUGUUUUUUUUUUUUUUUUAAUGAAGGAAUAUUGAUCACUUUACGUAAAAUCUCAUCCCGAUAGUACGUAUCGCUGGUGCGUAUCGUUAGAGUGGUCGUCGUUAUUCUAGCAGUCAUUUUUUUCUGCUGAGAAAAGAUGCAUUAGCGCAUCUCAAGUGUGCAGAUUUCCCCAACGAUGAUUACGAUGUCGUACUGAAUUGAGAGGAAGGAUCCAGCUGAAAAUAGUAGACGACGUCAAUGCAAUUCGAAAAACGCCGAUCGGGUGUUGUGUGUACCCGGAUACCUUUAUAUGGAAGAUAUAGCGAGCAGACCUUUACCUCAACGGAAGAGUAAUCAAGUGAAGUUGUUGCCUGAAAACAAUGGUUCCUGAGAUUCUUGCCGAUGGAAUUAUGCGCAAUAUUUCUGAUCUUUUAGAAGAGGUAAACAAUGGGCCCGUCAUGGUAACGAGAGGUCGUCUCGCAAAUCAAUUGCAAACUAGGCUAGCUGUAACUGUUGGCGUUUCGUCUGGUACUCAGUGUAAAGCCAUUGAAGUGGAACAUCGCAUAACUUCAUUACCUCACUCACAAGACAAUACCGCCGAAAUCAUACCUGUCGGCACAUUCUGCUGUUAUCGAUGCAUACCUCAAUCCUCGCCGACGAAGGGCUUUCCACGACCGGCUUGCCGAAAUUUUCAAAGAAACUAUGUGUUUACUGCUGACGUUCACAAAAAUACUCAGUCUAGCAUAAAGACAGCUAAAUAUUGGUUUGAUCGAAAGAAAAUAUGCGUUCAACAAAAAGCUAGGGUUUCUUGCCAAAGCUGCCAGCAUCAGCAUAGCUAUGCAAGAGAAAACGCCCUUACCACCGGACAACCUGCCAUUUGGAAAUACCCUAGCAAAAUAAUAAUACCUGCGGUAAAGUGGCCCUUUUACCAGUUAAGACUUUGCGGCCUUCGCCAUACGAAUCCAUAUUUAAUGGCAACUAAAAACAUCGAUGCCUAUGCAGAUUGGUCCGGAAAUUUAUUUCGUAAAUUAGAAUGUAUUGGGCCUUCCGUUUCAAGACUUCUACCACGAAUUUGGACAAUCAUUUUGGGUAGUACAAAAGCAGAUGUAAGCUAUCGUCUUUUCGAAAACUUUUAUUUUUCUUCUCCAUUACUUCCGUGCUGGACAUCGGUUAUAGUAUUGUUUCUGUCAAUAUUACUAUGUGUUAGUCCUACAGGAGCCGUUUCUAACGGCAGUGAUAAGUGGAUGCCAGUGAACGUAGACAGCGUCGCCGCCGCAGGCCCUUCAAUCAGCGGCCCUGUCGGGUCUAUUAUACCUGGAAAUACACCGGUAGUUUUAUCACAAAGCACCCGCGCUUUCAGAAACAUUAUUAAUCAAGCGCCAGCCGACAACGACAAACCCUAUGCGUCGAUUACCUACACUGCUGUUAUUCGGGGCAAAGUGGCUUUACCGUGUAACAUCGAGCCACCAACAGCCGGCGAUGAAGUAGUGCUCGUCCUGUGGUACAAGGACGAUAUUCCAGCACCUAUUUUUACAUUGGACGCUCGCCGGGGCGAUAAUUUGGAACGGGCUCCACAAUCGACGCUCAGCGACCUUGGCAAAAGAGCCUACUUCAAUAUGGCGAAUAAGCCCGCAUUUCUUCAGGUUGAUCCUGUACAGGAAGGCGACGCUGGAGAAUACCGAUGCCGAGUUGACUUCAAGCGAGCUCGAAGCAUCAAUACUGUUAUUAACCUCCGAGUUAUCAUUCCAUCGGGUGAACCGGUAAUUUUUGAUGAAGAGGGCACAACCCGACUAAGGGGAUUAGUCGGGCCUUUCAACGAAGGCGAUCCGCUCGUACUCGUGUGCCAGUCUGAACAGGGAAAACCACGACCGUCCGUCACCUGGUGGAAGGACUACCGUCUUUUGGAUGAUUCGUACUUCUUCGAUGCUGAAGAUAAUCUCGUCAAGAACGUUCUCGAGAUCGAGGCACUCACUCGAGACGAUCUCCUCUCAGUCGUCAUCUGCCAGGCAUCGAAUAACAACAUUACGGUUCCUAGUCCUGUGUCUGUUACGCUCGAUUUGAACUUGAAGCCCCUUGAUGUUUCAAUUGAACAUCCUCCAUCACAAUUAUCUGCAAAUCAGCAGGUCCUGUUGAAGUGCACUUCCUCGGGAUCAAGGCCGGCUGCCAAGCUCAGUUGGUGGAUGAGCGGACAACAGUUGAAAGCAACCCGUGAGGAUGAAGCCUCCCUGAAGAGUUCCUCCUCCGUCCUCAUCAUAACGCCCACAGCCGACGAUAACGGAAAAAUGAUCUCCUGCCGAGCAGAAAACGCACUUAUCCCGGGAAGUGCCCUCGAGCAUGGUCUACGACUCGACGUGCAUUAUCCUCCGGCAGCAACGCUAGAAUUGGCUUCGUACAUCAACCCGGAAGAUAUCCGCGAGCAGAUGGACAUACGACUUACAUGCCACGUUACAGCUAACCCCCAACCAGUCAAUGUCACCUGGCUAUUUGAAGGUGAUCGUCUCCGUACGGACCUUUUACCGCGUGUAAUUCAAAGCUCAACGGGUAUUCUUAUCCGUCGGAUUCAACGAGUGCAUCGCGGCCGAUACAUGUGCCAGGCCGAAAAUUCACAGGGAAGAGGCACCAGUAAUGAGAUCUACCUUAAGCUCAAAUUUUCACCCCUGUGCAAGUCCAAGCAACGAGUUGCGUACGGGGUUCCAUCCGAGGGCGAGGUAAGCGUUCUUUGCGACGUUGAGGCAGACCCCGAUGACGUCGUCUUCCAGUGGGCUUUUAAUUCGUCCCUCACCGGAAGAGUACAUAAUCUCUCCGUAACAGACAACACGAAGAAUGUCUACAAUUAUAAGGUAUCAAACCUCCAAGUGAGCUACGGGAUUCUCCUUUGCUGGGCGAAAAAUUCCAUCGGAAUUCAGAAGGAGCCUUGUCGAUAUCGAAUUGUGCCAGCUGGGCCCCCUGACCCUUUGGUAAACUGCACCCAGAUCAACGCGACAUCGGCUUCGAUAGCUCUGAAAUGCUUUGAAGGAUCGUGGGAUGGCGGACUCAGACCGCUAAACUUUUUUGCUCAGGUGUAUGACGUGGAGACGGGCGCCCUCGUCGCAAAUACCUCUCACCAUUCGUCGCCGUCAAAUAUCACAAUUGGCCAUCUAUCGUCGGGAGCAUCUUUCAGAGUUGCGGUGUUCGCUGUUAAUGUCAAAGGGGUCAGCGCCCCACACGUCAUCAUGGCGCAAACGAUGCGGCAAGCUCUAAAAUACACCGAACAUGAAGUAAUCGUCGACCUAAAUCCGAUAUUGAUCUUUGUCGCUCUUGCGGUUCCACUUACAUCCGUCAUUUUUUUUUUCAUUCUUCGAUUUAACUGCACAGCAAAACUGCUUCAAGCGUGGACUGCCGAGAAUAAAGUGAUCGUUCCCGAUCGAGGCGACGGCGACACUUCUAAUGACGAUGACGUUAAAAAAUUGCAUCAUAAUGGAGAAGAUUUUCGAUGCUAUUCAUUGAAGCGAGAUAGCCAACAAUUGCAGCAACACAUAGGACCAUCACGAUCAUUAAGUUCCUAUCAACAAAGAAACUCUAUUUGUACAGAAACCCCGUUACACCUUGGGCUGCUUACUCAUAGGGAUCCAGACAUUAUUCCACGGGAAAAUGGGGGCGAGAGUACCCCGCCGCCACGGGGAUUGACUGUCGGCCAUCAGUCUCAACGAUGCCAUACGCUCAGCAGCUCCAAAUAUCGUAAACCUUGCGGCGGCGGCGGCGGCGGCGGCCGUCGUAAUGAUGUUCCUCAUUCACCAUCGAGCUCCAUUCAGUUCUAUUAUAGCAAUCUUCAGCAGCGGCCUGUGCCAGCUGUAUCCGACCGCCUCACUGUUAUCGAAACAGGAAACAUGGAUGGCACUAAUUUAACCCCCAUGCACCACCUUGGCCAGCAUUGCAACAGUGCAACCUCUCAGGACUCGGCACAUCCAUCGGUAAACGCGUACGGUUCUCCAAUUUACCAAAGGCCACUUUCAGCCUCGCUACAAAGGCGACAGUCGUUGUACUACCAGAAAUCGAUGAUCAAUAUACACAAUGCAUACCUUUACGAUAGUCCAGUUAACUCGCGAAAAUAUUUAGAACGAAGUAGCAACCUUAAUGGAGGAGGAGGGUCAAGUGGAAUCGGCUACAAUACACUGCCGCUUCGACGGGAGCUUCUUAAGUCUGAAUACUAUCUCGAACUGACCGACGAUAACGUGGAAAGUUCAGUAUAGUGGCAACCUGCAAAAUGAUACUCAACUAUCUAAAGUAAACAGGCCCUUCGAAUAAUAAGCUUGUCGCUAAAUGAGGCGGUUCUUGCACUGAAACAAAAACAAGAGCACAACGACGGCGGCCGUAGCCAUUAACUGGAACCUUCCUCCCUACGAACGUAUCAAGUAGUCAAAAUACUACGCCAUCAGUGAUAGCCAAGAACAAGCCAUCAGCCGACGGGACAGCACUGGAAAUCUCUUACGUAUGGGGACUCUUUCAACGAAGUCCAUGAGUGUGAGGUCGCUUCUACAAGUACGAACGGAGACGGCGUCUUCGGAACGGAGGGGCCACAUUGUUACGCAAAUACUUAUGUAGAUACAGGUGAUUUUGGUAUCGGCAGACGAUCGAAGAUUGAUGGAAACUGAGUUAAUGGACGUGGCAUCGCCAUUCGAGGCGGCGGGCUCAUGUCAUUUAAAGGGAAAUAGAGCUGUACAUAGCAGCGGAAAACGUAAAAAAAAACAGUAGAGGAAAGAACGUGUUGCAGGUAAAUUUUUCUCAGUUCCCGUUGUUUAUUCUUUAGAAAAUAACCCCCACGACGGAGAUGGCGAUAGCCGAUGUCCGGUUUUGGUAAACAAGAAGAACAAGAAGGCAAUCUGCGAACGAGGAACACUAUUAUCGCAAACAUAUUGCUUACGUAGAUGUCAGCUCCAAUAACGUCGACUAACAAAGUUGAUCCUCUUAAUUUUGCAUUCAGAUUAGACAAAUCGAUGAGUCGUAUGCACACAACAUUUGCUUGGUGGUUAUAUUCUAUUCAAGCGUGUCAGAAUGAUGUUUGCGGCAAGAGCUGACACACGUAUUUACUAAAACCCAAUGGGUCUAUCUAGGGAAACAGCAGAGUUGCGAGUGCAGAAAGCAGCAUAUUCAUAUAUAUAUAUAUAUAUAUGACAAAUUAAAUGUCACUAUAAACUGCGAGCUUUGUAAAUAAUCUCUCCGUUUUGUUGCCUCCGUAUCAUCUAAUAAUGAAUUUGUUAAAAAGAAAAAAAAAAACAAAUAUGGCGAACAUUAAAAAAACAUGAAUCGCCAAGUGUUACGAUCUGACGGUGUAAUAACAAAUGAGAAAAAAAGUGAUACCGUUGAGCAAUUGCGCUAGUUCUUAUAAACAUUACAUAAAACUCAUACUUACGUAGUUGUCUAGCCAAAAUGCCGGCUACACUUAGAGAUUUGUAAAUAGCCUACCACUGUAAUACAAUUAUUAUUAAUGUGGAAACUGACGUAUCUUUGUUGAUACUGCAAUUGGCGUACAGGUAAACAAAGAAUGCUACCGUAGUAACUUGGUAUGAUGUCACCGUUCGAUGCCGCUAAUCAUGCGAAUCUAGACGAAAAAAAUGAUGACUAUUUCGCAAUGGAAAAUGCUGAGAUUAUGAGAAUUCUACGAAUCUAAUGAGCGUGUGUGUCCGUUUGUGUCAAAUAACGGGGGUCAGGGGAACGGGGAAUAACCCGGUGACGAUUAUCUACUCGUUCCCCGGCUGCUCAGUCGUUUUGCCAAAAAAGAAAACCAGAUAAAAAUCAAUAAAGAAACCUCAAUU